AUGUUUAGAAAGACUUACAAAACAUAUGGAAUUACUUCUAUAAUUGCCCUUUCUGGGCUCUUGUUGGGGCUAGAGUAUUCAUCCUUAACCGCAUUUUUGUCUUCUCAUCAGUUUAUCGACUACUUUGGAAUAUUGUCUAAUUGGGAACAAACGAUGAUUUCAUCGAGUAAUUCUAUAGGGGCUGUAGCAGGCUGUGUCAUUUGUGGAUCUAUGUUAGAUAGUGCCGGAUCAAUUCUUACACUUCAAAUUGCUUGCUUUCCCUGGAUUUGUGGUACCAUAGUAGCCAUAUUGCUGUCAAACAUUUACAUGGUUGUGAGUGGUCGGGUCCUAAAAGGGAUAUCAAUGGGAUUUGUGUCAACCAUCUUACCAGUGUAUGUCUCAGAAACUCUUCCAAAUAGCAGAAGAGGAUCAUCUUUAGCAAUUGUUCAAUUGAGCUCUACAAUUGGUACUCUAGUACUAUACUACGUCGGAAACAUUUUUCAAACCCAUAUCCUCAAUGAUUUUUCGUUUAGGUAUACAUGGAUGGUAGAAACGUUUCCCACUAUUUUGUUACUUGUAUUGAGUUUUUUUCUCCCAGAGUCACCAAAAUGGUAUGCUUCUAGACUAAAAUGGCAAGAAGCGGCAAAGACUCUUGAUAGGUUGAAAAAUGAAGAUAACUCUUUGGAAAAGGGAAAGAGACUGCUAUUGGGAGAUAGAGGAUAUGUUUUGACAGCCUACACUUCGGAACCCAGUAUUGACAGUGGAUCCUACGCUGACUUAUUUAGAAAAAAAUAUUGGAAGUAUACUAUGAUAGGAGUAACAAUCCAAUCAUUAGUUCAGAUCACAGGAGUGACCUCUGUCAUGUACUUUUUCGUAUAUAUUUGUGAAGCUUGUGGUUUACGUGGAGAAGGAAAAGUUUGGAUAGUUUCUAGUCAGUUUUUGAUUUUUUGCAUAUUCACUAUAUUUCCUAUAUUAUUGCUAGAUGGAUGCAGAAGAAAAGACUCCUUGAUAUUUGGCUUUCUGUUACUUUCAAUCCUGUUUGCAUCUAUCUGGUUAAUAAUUUUACUAAAUAAGCUGAAAAUAUCAAACCCAAUGUUGAUGUCUAAUUCUCCUUUUAACUGGGAAUUGAAAGAAGAGCCAGCAUCUGCAGUUCUUGCUCUUUUCUUAUUUCUUGUCGCUGUCUAUUCUUCCACCAUUCUGUGUGUGAGCUGGUUAUACACUGGAGAGAUUUUCCCAGUUUUAAUACGUAGUAAGGGGACAUCAAUAUGUAUGUGUGUUUCGUGGGUUUUGAACUUAUGCUUGAAUAUUUUAGUGCCAAUGUCUUUGCCUUAUUUGAAAUUUUGGACUUUUGGUAUCUUUGCAAUUGUCUGCUUCUUUGCGUCAAUUAUUACCCUGAAGUUUCCUGAAACUAGGGACCUAGACUAUUCCAAGUUAGAAACAUUAUUCACGCUGGGAAAGAACAAAGAAAAAGUGCAAGGAGUCACGAAUAUUGCAAAAUUGCCUGAAAAGGUUAGUGAAAAUGAUGGCAGUGAUCACGACGGUGAUGAGAGUAUAGGUGUUCAACGAGGAAUCAAGUCGAUGGCAUUCAAUAUGGAGCUCAAACAGGAUGAGAAUCAGGUUAUUGGCACAGAAUACAAAGAACAUAUUACUGAAGCAGAUAAGAAAAUUAUGAAGACCUUGAAAAAUCGAAACUCAUCCGUAAUUUACCAGAUUGAUAAUAGCCCUGUUAUUGAAGAAACCACAAGCUCUCAAGAGAUACUAACUGGAAAAGAUUUGAAAUCUACCGUGGAUAGACAAGGCACUAAGAUUGACUUACUAUCAAGUGUAACUACUUCUGAGGAUGAUGAUGAGACGAUACAGGUAUACACGCCAUUGUUAAAUCAAGAUUCAGUGGCACUGGCUUACUUAGAUGGUGAAAGUAAUUUAACUACAAAGCAAUUGCUCAAUGCUGACGACCACAAGAAUAAUGAGCCAGCUUACACUAAUGAGAAAUUUGCAACGUCUGAAUUUUCAGUAGAAUUCUUGGCCAUAUCAAAGUCUAGAGAAGCUAGUACCCCCAGUUUGCAGGAUAAAAACGGUGACAGCUACGAACCAUUUGCUUUAUUGAGAGAUGAUAACAAUUUCGACUUGAGUCCAAUACAUGAGACAAUAUUUCCGGAGUAUCAACAAUUUCCACAGCAAAAUGCGUCUCAAAAUAAUGCUAGGUUUGGAUCCAAUAUUAAUAUAAUGAACACCUUCUCCCAAGCCAAGGUAGAUGAUGUAAAGGAAUUGAUUGAAAGUGAAGCAAAUGUUAAAAAAUGGAGACUCUUUGGAAAAGAUUCCUCAUGA